AUGUUUGUUAGUGGCAGAAGAGUGAAAAAAUGGCAGUUUGUCCAGGUCAUUGCCACUUGUUUUAUACUGAGCCUCAUGUUGUUUUGGGAAUCAUUUGAUAAUCACAUUGUGAGCCAUAUGAAGUCCUACUCUUACAGAUACCUCAUAAAUAGCUACGACUUUGUGAAUGAGAGCCUGUCUCUUAAGCGCAGUGAGGAUGGGGCUCCUCGCUACCAAUACUUGAUUAACCACGAGGAGAAGUGUCAAGCACAGGAUGUCCUCCUCUUACUGUUUGUAAAGACUGCUCCUGAAAACUACGAUCGACGUUCUACAAUCCGGAAAACAUGGGGCAAUGAGAAGUAUGCUCAGUCUCAGCUUAAUGCCAACAUCAAAACUCUGUUUGCCUUAGGAACACCAUCUAAUCCGCUGACAAGAGAAGAACUGCAAGGGAAGCUGGUUUGGGAAGACCAGAUGUACAAUGAUAUAAUUCAGCAAGACUUUGCUGAUUCUUUCUACAAUCUUACUCUUAAAUUACUUCUGCAGUUCAGUUGGGCAAAUACCUUUUGUCCACAUGCCAAAUUCCUUAUGACUGCUGAUGAUGACAUAUUUAUUCACAUGCCAAAUCUUAUUGAAUACCUCCAAAGUUUAGAACAAAUUGGUGUUCAAGACUUUUGGAUUGGUCGUGUUCAUCGUGGUGCCCCCCCGGUUAGAGACAAACGCAGCAAGUACUAUGUCCCCUAUGAAAUGUACCAGUGGCCAGCUUACCCUGACUACACCGCUGGAGCUGCCUAUGUGAUCUCUAAUGAUGUAGCUGCCAAAGUCUAUGAGGCCUCGAAGACACUUAACUCGAGUCUUUACAUAGAUGAUGUGUUCAUGGGCCUCUGUGCCAAUAAAAUGGGGAUAGUACCACAAUAUCACGUGUUUUUCUCUGGGGAAGGUAAAACUCCUUAUCAUCCUUGCAUCUACAAUAAAAUGAUGACAUCUCAUGGACACGUACAAGAUCUUCAGGACCUUUGGGAAGAUGCCACAGACCCUACAGUAAAGACAAUUUCAGAAGGUUUUCUUGGCCAGAUGUACUGCAGGAUAAUUAAAAUAGUUCUCCUUUGCAAAUUGACCUAUGUGGACACAUAUCCCUGUAGGGCUGCCUUUGUCUAAUAGUACUUGAAUGUUGUAUGUUUUCACUGUCACUGAGCCAUGCCUG